AUGUCUUCUUCCCAGUAUCAAGAGCUCUGGGUGUCGCAGGAACCCGUACAACCCGCGACUCGAGAGACCGACACUGUGCGAUCGGUAUGGCAAUUCCCGGCGGCUAUGGCAUCGACGCUGUCGCUUGUUGGGUACUUGAUGAUUCCACUCGCACUUGAAAAGCCCGAAGACAACCCGCAGAUCAACAAGACGGUCCUGACCAUCGCCGCGAUGGUCUUGAUCGGCAUCGCUUACGCGCUGUCUUUUGUGAUCGUUUGCGCUCAGAUCGACCAACGAGCCUAUCUCCUCUACUCUGUCUUUCUCCCCUGCCUCUCAUCGAGCCUCUUCGGCCUCUUCAACCUCGUCUUCAACAUCCUCUGCCGCAACAUCCUCCCCAUGAACAAUCUGGCAACCAUCGUGGUCAGCCUUUGCUGCGCCUUUGUGUUUCUCUACGCGCUAGGCGCACUGUGGAUCUAUGGACGGACCGUCGCGGACGAGACGCGCCUCCAGUACGGCUCUGGGAGCCCGAUCCUACUCACCGAGGAGGAGAUGCAGCGCCAGCAGCUUGUCCGAUUACUGCAGCAGAAUGGAAAGAAGAAGAGGUCUAGUGCGAAGGCGGUGCAAAAGACUUUCAAGGUUAAUGUGCCGGAGGUCGUGAGUCCGGGGAAAGGGUGGGAUCGGUAUAUGGCGCCGAGGGAGGAUUAUUUUAUUUGA